AUGUCGGAGCAUGUUGUCUUGGCUGAUUGCAGAGACGGCAAUAACGUGUUGUCAUCGCAGAUCGCUUACUUUCCAACCACAGGCGGAAAUACACCACAGGAUGUGGCAACCGUCGUGACGACAUCUGGUCAGACCGCGCUCUGGGUGUGUUCCACGACGACGGCCCUCUUCACAGACACGAACACUCAGUUCGUUGCGAAGAUCGGACCCAAAGUGGCCGACGGAGCAUUCGCUGGAACUGGUAGCAAUGGUUUCGACUCAAACAACGGCGGGUUUCGAUGCUGGCAACAAUUUUCUCCACAAUACUAUACCUACGGUAACACGACAUGCAACAUGGUGUAUGACUGUGCUCAUCGACUUGCUCCUUCUAAUACAGCAUCUGCAACUUGUGGAACAGCGACAGCCACAGUGUCGGCAUCGGAAAACCCCUCGAGUACAUCCGACCUGGCUACCGGUGCCGUCAUUGGUAUCAGCGUUGGAGCAGGUAUCGCAUUCGUUGUUGCCCUUGGAGCUGCCUGCAUCGUCUGGAAACAUAUGCGUAGGAAGAAUCGAAAUGUAACUACUGGACUGCGUGCGGAUCAAACCAGCAAGAAUAGCUUCUUUGGAAUACUGAAAAGUGCCAAGACACCCCCUAUUCAGCAACACCCAGCGCUGGCUGGCGGAAAUAUGGCACAUUACAGAAACUGGCAUCACCCUUACUCUCUUCACGAGAUGGAUGGACAAGGCCAUGUCGCGGAAGCAUCAGCAUCAACAGCACCUCUGGAGCUUGGUGAGGGUGAAAGGAUCGAGAUGCCUACAUUGGAAGUGCAGCACGACACAUGGGAUGGAAAGGGCCAAAGAAGCAGAGUAAAUCGGCCUACUAGGCAUUGA